AUGAGGGUCCCAAUCAUUCCGAUCCGAGUGUCGAUAUUUGUUGCUAUGAUUCUGAUCCUGCACGGGUCGGACGGUCUCUUCAAGUACAAAAAUAUCAAGUGCAAGUGCUACGAGAAAUCUUAUUGCGAGUUCAAGAAAUGUGAACUCAAGGUUCUGGGUCGUGGCAUUGUGGGCCUCAAUAUGCAUGUACAAGCGAAACAGCUGCCCAUCAUCAGCGUUAAGGCAAUAUUGACCACGUUCCGACAAUUUAGUGGAUAUCGGCCCUUCUUAUACAAUGUUACAGUGGAUAUCUGCGGAUUCUUAAAAAACCCGAAGCGCUUCCCGUUCUUAUGUAUGGUGCACGAUGCUAUACGAAAUUUCAGCAACUUUAACCACAGCUGUCCCUACAAUGAUGAUAUCAUUAUUGAUCGAAUGGUGCUUAACGAUGAAAUGAUUAGCAGGAUGCCUGUUCCUAAUGGAUUCUACAAGCUAUUGGUUGCUGUAGCUACCGAAGGAAUUUGGCGCGGCGAAGUUGAGGCGUAUGUAGAAGUCAACUUGGGAUACGAUCGAUGA